GAUCGCUGCCGUUUGGAUGGUAUUUAUCGGACCGGGGUCGAGCACGAGCAUGUCGUGAGAGGCGAGCCUAGCUGGGGAGGACUCGACACCAGGACCUGAACCGGAGCGUUAACGGGACCUGAAACGUUACCGGGGGAAGAUGGUGAAGAGGAAGAGCCUGGAGGACAGCGACCAGGACUGCGGGAAGGGGGUCCCGUUCCCCAUCCAGACCUUCCUCUGGAGGCAGACCAGCGCCUUCCUGCGUCCUAAGUUGGGGAAGCAGUAUGAGGCGUCCUGCGUGUCCUUUGAGCGGGUGCUGGUGGAGAACAAGCUGCACGGCCUGUCCCCGGCGCUGUCCGAGGCCAUCCAGAGCAUCUCCCGCUGGGACCUGGUCCAGGCGGCGCUGCCCCACGUCCUGCACUGCACCUCCAUCCUGCUGUCCAACCGCAACAAGCUGGGCCACCAGGACAAGCUGGGCGUGGCGGAGACCAAGCUGCUGCACACGCUGCACUGGAUGCUGCUGGAGGCGGCCCAGGAGUGCAACCCCGACCCCGGCCAGGGCCAGGGGUCCGGUCAAGGCCAGGGGCCCUGGGCGGGGGGCAGUGGCAGCAGCAGCGGGUACCUCCAGGCCCAGGCCAACCAGGGCUCCUCCCCGGGCCCCGGCCCCGGGCCGGCCCUGGGGGGGUCGGGCCCCCAGCGCAGCGCCUCGUUCCAGGAGGAGGAGGAGAACCAGCGCUCCAAGAUGUUCCACAAGAGCAUGUCCACCGUGGAGCUGUUUGUCUUCCUGUUCGCCCCGCUCAUCCACCGCAUCAAGGAGUCCGACCUCACCUUCCGAUUGGCCAGCGGUCUGGUCAUCUGGCAGCCAAUGUGGGAGCACCGACAGCCAGAUGUUCCCGCCUUCUCCGCGCUCAUCAAACCUGUCCGAAACAUCGUCACAGCCAAGAGGAACUCCCCCGUCAACCACCAGUGUAGCCCCGCGGGAUCUGGCAACCCGUCCCCCCUGGGGUUCCAGGUGGUCUGCGAAGCCGUCCAAUCAGACUCCUCCUCGCCAGGGGGCGGGGAGCAGAGCUGUCGUCGUGGUAACUCAGUGGAAAAGGGAGGCAGGGCCUUUCAUCCCCCCGUAGAGGUCAGGGGGCCCGCCAAGAAGAAGGCGACUCACGGUAACCGUGACAACCAUGAGCCGCCUGGAAACAAGCGCCUCCCUGUCGUGGCCGGCGUGUCCAGCAAUAGCAUUGCGGAGAGGUCAGACCGUCAGGUGGACAGGGAGGUCAGAGACCGUCAGGUGGACAGGGAGGUCAGAGACCGUCUGGUGGACAGGGAGGUCAGAGACCGUCAGGUGGACAGGGAGGUCAGAGACCGUCAGGUGGACAGGGAGGUCAGAGACCGUCAGGUGGACAGGGAGGUCAGAGACCGUCAGGUGGACAGGGAGGUCAGAGACCGGCAGCUGGACAGGGAGGUCAGAGACCGUCAGGUGGACACGGUGUCAGAGACCUCACAGACGUCGGCGCCCGGCGUGCUGGCGCCCUCGCUGUGCCAGCGGGCGCGGUACGCCUCCUACUUCGACGUGGCGGUGCUGCGCUGCCUGCUGCAGCCCCACUGGACGGAGGAGGGCGUGCACUGGGCCCUGAUGUACUACCUGCACCGCCUCCGCCACAUCCUGGAGGAGCGGCCCCACCGGCCCCCCGAGCCCCUGGCCACGCCCCUGCCCCGCCCCCGCAGCAGCUCCAUGGUGGCGGCCACGCCCUCGCUGGUCAACACGCACAAGACUCAGGACAUGAGUCUGAAGGCCAACGAGGACUCCCUGAGCGCCGAGACCUUCUCCAAGGUGUCCCUCACCAACCUGCGGCGGCAGGCCGUCCCCGACCUGUCCUCAGACCUGGGCCUCAACCUCUUCAAGAAGUUUAAGAACCGGCGUGCGGAGGAGCGGGAGCGGAAGGGCUCCAUCCCGUCCCACCAGGCGGGCAGGAAGCGGCAGCGCCGCAUGGGCGUGCCCUUCCUGCUCCACGACGAGCACCUGGACGUCUCCCCCACCCGCAGCGCCUUCUCCUUCGGGAGCUUCUCCGGCCUGGGGGAGGACCGCCGCACGCUGGACCGGACGGGCUGGCAGGCCACCAUCAUGGGGAGGUUUGCGCGCCGCGGCAGCACGGACACGGCCGUCGACGCAGACAGUCUGAGCGCCAAACACUCCCACUCCCACCACUCUCUGCUCCGGGACCUCCCGGACCACCCCAACAGCCACGCAGACGGCACCGUGCGCGAAGUACGCUCCCAGAUCUCCACCAUCACCAUGGCGGCCUUCAACACCACGGUGGCCUCCUUCAACGUGGGCUACGCCGACUUCUUCACGGAGCACAUGAAGAAGCUGUGCACGCCGGCCGCCGCCGCGCACGACGCCCUCCCCUCGGAGCCGCUGGCCUGCUCCAACCUGCCGCGCAGCCUCACCGACUCCUGCAUCAACUACUCCUGCCUGGAGGAUGGCGAGAGCAUCGAGGGCACCAACCACUUCAUCCUGAAGAACGGCAUGCUGGACCUCACCGCGGUUCUGCGGGCGCUCUACGCGGUCCUGAGCCACGACAUCAGCUCCAGGAUCUGCGACGUGGCGCUCAGCAUCAUCGACAGCCUGCUGCAGCUGGGCGUGGUCCCGGCCGCCGCCGCCGCCGCCGCCGCCGCCGCCGGGCCCGGCAAGACCGGCAAGACCGGCAAGCAGGAGGACAAGGAGAACCUGGACGGACCCGGGACCCAGGGGACAGGGGGGGAGGGCUCCCCCAUGAGCACCCAUCGCCUGGCCCUCAGCAUGCUCAUCAAGAUCGUCAAGUCCCUGGGCUGCGCCUUCGGCUGUGGGGAGGGGCACCGCGGGCUGUCGGGAGACCGCCUCCGCAUGCAGGCCCAGAACUGCCUGACCAGCCUCUACAAGCUGAACAAGCUCCAGUUCCGUCAGACCAUGCGGGACUACGUCAACAAGGACUCGCUGAACAACAUCGUGGACUUCCUGCACGCCUUCCUGGGUUUCUGCAUGGAGCCCGUCACCGACAAGUACGGCAGUGCAGGGGAAAGGUCGCGGAGGGCCAAAAAAAGAAACAUAGACAAGGCGGGCUUCGGGAACAACUUCACGACGGGGGAUUGCAAGUCUCUGGCCCAGAGCAUGGAGGCGGUGGUGGUGGGCUGCAUGUUCAAGUCCCUGAUCACACGCUGUGCCUCCACCACCCACGAGCUGCACAGCUCCGAGAACCUGGGUCUGUACUGUGACAUCCGUCAGCUGGUCCAGUUCAUUAAGGAGUCCCACGGGAACGUGUUCCGCCGGGUCGCUCUGAGCGCGCUCCUGGACAGCGCAGAGAAGGUGGCCGCCGGCAAGAAGCCCGACGACCGGGAGGACGCCAAGACGGCCGCGCCCCGCAGGUCGGAGGCGGGGGAGAGGGGUCCUGUGUCGGGGGCUGCUGACGAGUGCCACAGCUACAUCUCCAGCCGACCCCCCCAGACCCCCGAACAUGAGGAGCAGCUCCCCGGAGCCCUCCUGGGCAGGAAGGACUUCUGGAGGAAGAUGUUUAAGUCCCAGAGCGCGGCCAGCGACACCAGCAGCCAAUCAGAACAGGACACGUCCGAGUGCACCACCGCCCACUCCGGGACCACCACGGACCGCCGCACCCGCUCCCGCUCCCGACGCAUCUCCCUCCGCAAGAAACUCAAGCUGCCCAUCGGUAACGCCCCCCGCCUGUAG